GCAGGGUGGCGGUCCCGGUCCCUCUGUGGUCAGACUCUGCCCGGCAGGCCGGGGUGGCGCCCGCGUCUUUGCCCUCCUCUGCCCUCCCAGGGGACGGGGUGCGAGGUGCCCGUGGGCAGUCUGGGGGCAGACACGGAGCUGCCGUGGGGCACCGAGGAGCAGGUGCAGGGGCUGUAGAACGGGGGUCAGCAGAGAGGGUCAGCUGACCAGCGGAGGAGGGGAACAUGGACCGCAGGCCUCGGGCGCUUCUGUGUCACUGUCCGGAAGAGGGGGCUGCAGGGGGCUCCCUGGAUGACAGGGGGUUGGGGGCACAACAUGGGGGUUGCCCCCGAUGGGGAAGGUCCCUGCGGCAUCGUCCCCAGAGUGGGCACUUUGGAAGACGGGGCCUCAGGGUCUCCCGGGUGAAUUCGGGAUUGCCGUGAGGUUCCCGUGAAAAGAAGCUGAAGGGACAUGGGAUCACCGGGUCACAGACGGUGGAGCCAGGGUACAGACAGGACCCUGUGACCCAGGGUCAGGGUCAGGACCGCAGUUCCCAGCGCCUCUGCAGCAAUGCCCCAUAGGUCAGAGUCCCAUGAAGACAGAGGGGCCAGGGCAGAGUGUGUGGGGGCAACAGAACGGGGUAUAGGUGGGGUGUGAGGCAGACCAAGGGAGUCUGGGUCCUUGACAGGCAGCAGCUGCCCUGGGAGAGGGACGGACGUGCUCUGGGCAACCCCAGAGGACAGGAUGGGGCCAGGUUUAAGGCAGGAAAUUGGUCUCUUGUUUGGCCGUGCCAUGGGCUGCUCUGUGAGGUGGUGAGCUCCCCGACCGGGGAGGUGUGGAAAGAGAGAGCCAGUCACCGGGGCUUCCGAGCACCAGGAAGUGAGCAUCUUGGCUCCAGGCUCUGCCUGCAGCAACCCGGUGUCUGAGGCCCCUGUGUGGGUAGGGGCGAGGCUGCCGCCGGAGGGCUGCAGGGCAGCGUCUCCAGGAUGCCUUGCUGGGGGCUACGUCCAGGUUCGCUGUUUGCAGACACCCCGGCAGGGGCACCCAGCGUCCCGGGCCAGCCCAACAGGGCCAAGGGUCAGCGGGGGCGGUCCCCCCUGCUGGUUGGGACUUGCCCGGCCCUGAGUGGGGAGACGGGCCGGGCCGGGCAGCGCUCCCAGCACGGCGCUGGAGGGGUUCGGCAGGGCGAGGCUUUCCGCCCAGCAAGGAGGGGCCCGGGAGACGGCUCCUGGAGCCAGACUCGCUCCCCCUGCAGAGCCAGGGCGGUCGGGAGCCUGAAGGUGCCUUGGGCCCAAGAGGCGGAGUCAGCGUGACAGGAGGGAGGCCCCCGGCUGGGUGGUGACCAGGCCCCGCCUCCCCGCCCAAGGCUGCGCGGCGGUGACAUUCCUAAUUGUCCGUGACUGACUCAGCCUCGCUUCAAAGGUCUGGGUCAGGCCCGCAGCCCCCGUCACUCGAAUUCUGCUUCUCCGGGGAGCCGGCCCGCCCGAAGAGCGCCCCUCGCCCGGCCGGUGCCUCCCCCCGUCCCGUCCACACCCGCCCCGGCCAUGGCCGUGCAGGUGCCCCUGUGGCAGCACUACCUGCAGGCCAUCCGCUCGCGGGGGGCACGGCGGGCGCAGGACUUCCAGCGCGCGGAGAACGUGCUGCUCACGGUGCUGGAGCACGUGCACCACCUGGACCCCCGCUUCCUCGUGGACUACUCCCGUGACCUGGAGGCCUUCCAGUUUGCCCUGCGCACCUCGGAGGAGCCCCUGCACGUGGAGGUGCCCCUGCGGGUGGACGCGGACGCCCUGCUGAUUGAGGAGGUGGGGGCCGCCGAGGCGGGCGAUGGCCCUGCGCCCUGCCGCCUGGGUGUCUCCAGGGAAGGGGCCCGCCCGGAACGGCGGAUGGCCGAUGACGUCCUCAGCGUCUCCUCCGAGGGUGGCGCCGGGUGCCGCGGCCACAUCGCGCCCAGCAAGGUCCUGCGCGUCCUCAAGGACCUUCUGGUGGCGGCCGUGGUGCACUGCAGACACCAGGGCCUCGUCACGCCAGGUUCUCUGAACGCGGACAGCCUGGAGGAGAAGCAGUCCCACCUGUCCCUGCUCGUGUCUAGCGGCUGGCGACCCAUCCGGUUCAACAUCGUGCCCAUGGUGCGGAGAAAGCUCGGGGUGCCCGCCCUGGAGAGGGCUCAGUGGAUGCGCGGGUUCCCUGAAGGCAGCUUGAAAAGGAUCAUCAGCCAAGAAGCGGCCCUGGUGCCAGCCAGUGCCCAGCACUGGAGGGUCUCCACGGACUACCUGCUCACCAGGCUGCUCGGUGCGCUGGGCUCCCUCCCGGGCCACCGUCUGGACGGCCUCUCCAUCCUGGACCGGGUCAACCACGAGAGCUGGCGCGACGGCGGCCAGAGCCCCGGCCUGAACUUCAGUCACCUGAAGACGGUGCUGCUGUGGGCGUCCGUGCUCUUCCCGGCGCCCGAGGACUGGGCGGAGCUGCAGGGCGCCGUGUACCGGCUGCUGGUGGUGCUGCUCUGCUGCCUGGCCACCGGGAACCUGCCACACUUCGUCUACCCCAAGCGGAACCUGCUGAGCGACGCCGGCCUGGACCUCAACGCCCUGUACCAGCGCGUGGAGCGCUUCGCCAGCCAACCCGAGGCGUCCCUGCGCAUCCACGUGACCCACCUGGGCCGCGGCCCCCCACCGCGCAUCGGCAACGGGGUCAAGGCCCUCCUGCAGCUGCCUGCCAGCGACCCUGCCUACUGGGCCACCGCCUACUUUGAUGUCCUGCUGGACAAGGGCCCCAGGGUAGCGUGUCCGAAUGUGCCUCCAGAACCACCCCCAAACCCACGUCCGUUCCAGGUCUUCAACAUCCAGGAUGAGGACCGGAUCUCGGCCAUGCAGAGCAUCUUCCGGAAGACCAAGACCCUGGACGGCAAGGAGUGCUGAGCGGCCUUGCCUUUGCUCUGUCUUCACCACCCACAGCCGGGCUGCACGGCCCCGCGGAGGACCCGGGACACUCGGGGAAGGGAAUGGGCUUCACCCCGAGGCAGGUGAUGGGCGGUAGAGACGGCCACCUCAGACUGCCCGGGGGAUGGCCUCCCGGGACUCUGGGAGCGCCGGGCAGCAGGUCCCCCGGAGCAGCUGCCUGGUCUCCCCAGGGCCUGGGACGAAGGCGCCUUGUAUUUCACAAGACGCGUGUGGGUCUGUGUGAUGUCAUCAGACUCUCAGAGCCAAGCGUCUGCCUGAGACCUGGAGCUCGAGGGCUUGUCCCGACCUGAGUCCCAUGCUCCUCCGUGGUGAUGUAAUGCUAUAUAUCUGAUCUUGAAUAAAUUAACGCGCCGGGUAGGCUCGGUGGGGACGGCGGCC